ACUACUAGUACUGUGUGUCUCAAGCCUGCUUAUCCUGUAUGCAGGUCGAUUGCAGGUCGAUUACUGUAGUCUGUAUCAAAUCAUACGUUGUUUCUCCUCCCCUCUUUCCCUGCCUUUUUUCCCUUUUCUUCUUCGCUAGCUAUCGCCACCAACACCACCACCUCAACCCCGUCGCUCUACCUACCUUACUCAGGUCAACUCCUAGAACAGCCAGCACCCCUGAUUCUUCCCUGGCCACCUGCGGUCGUGAUCCUCGACUAUCCUUGUAGCCCGCCCUCGCAAUGCCCAAACAAAAGCUCUUCCUCAAGGACAACAAGAAGAAAUCGAAGCAGCCGCAAGCCCCCGCAACGGCUGAUGAGUACCUCGCCGCGGGCGUUGAUUUCGAAGAAGCCGGCGAGAAGUGGAGGGGCGGCGAUGCUGCAAAGUCCACCCGAUUCUUUCUUCGUGCCAUUGACUGCUACAAUGAAGCCCUGAAGAAGUUUCCUUCCUCUUUUGAUCUUGCAUACAAUAGGGCAAGGGUUCAGUAUGAGCUCACCCAGCACCCCAAACUGCUGGCUCAACUCCCGGGAGAUCUGCUGGAUCUCUUGCAGACUGCAUUGGAGUCCAGCAGGUACGCCUUGGCAUUAAAGCAGGACAAUGCAGAUGUUCUCUUCAACACUGCCCAAAUCCUAACCAGUCUGGCCGAAGCAUCCACUGAAUCGCGAUCAAACUCUACCCCAGACACCCUGCCCUUGCUCGAGGAAGCUUUGGAAUUAUUCCAACGCUGCCUCGCAUUGCAAGAAUACCAAUACACCGAAUCUCAGACUCAGGAUGGAGCUAUGUCCGAUGAUCCGUCCAUGGAGACCUCUGACCUGCCUGACUCGGAAGAAGGCGGUGUCUCUUUGACUUCAGAUGAAGAACCGCCACAGGAUGACCGCUGGGCCACGAUCGUCGAGCCCGUCACCAACAACACGCUCGUCGACACUGUUCUCGCUCAAUUGGAGACGUUGACCUUACUGUGCAACCUCAUUCCCUCUUCCUCGGACCCUACGCCACUUACCUUCAUCACCGAGUAUUCCUCCAACCUCUUGAAUACCAAACUACCCCCCUACCUCGCCGACACAGGCAGAGAAGCAGAAGCCCAUCUGAUAAUUGCCAAUUUCCAAGCCGCGCACGCCGACUUGUCGUAUCGCCUGCAAAAACUUGACUUCGAAUCUUACACAACCGCCCUCACCAACGCCUUCUCCCCUCUAGACCUAACCAGCCAUCCCGAAGCCCUCGUCAACCAAGCCGAAGCCCUGCUUUCUUUCAACAGCACUGUGCGCACCCACCCGCCGCCCUCCCCUGACCCUCUCCCAUCCCGCUGGUCUGCUCUCACCACCGCCCUCUCCUGCCUCGCCACCGCUGCCAAGCUCCCUGCCGCGUCCCACCUCUCCAAGAUUCACCUCCUGCGGGGCGACCUCGAGCUGCACCGAUACCAGCUUGGCUGCUGCCACCCGCCUUUCCCCACCGCGGCCGCGAACGGCCCCGUCCUGCUCAAGAACGCGGAGAAGUUCUACCGUGGCGCGGCGGCUCUCGCGUCGGAUGGGAAGGAGCGGGUAGAAGCGAGUGUAAAGGAGGAGCUGGUGCGAGCGUUCAGGGGCGAGGGGGGCAAGAUAGGCGAGCUUGCGGGAGAGAGGGAAGCGAGAAGCGUACUGGAGGAGGCGCUUGAGGAGGGCUUAAUUGCCGCGGAGCAGUUGCAAGGGUUGGGGAUUUCGUAGUGUCGCUGGGUCCUUGGCUUGUACGUAUGUUCAUAUCCAUAGUUCAACCAAAUCGAACUCGCGCCUGACCUGGAAUCCAAAUCAGUGAAGUAGCUGUUGGGC